AUGCAGCUUCGGAGUAAGCAAAAUGAAAACAUAAAUAAUUUAAGAUCUGAAAUGAGGGCAGAAAUUGACGAAAUGUUAGGGGAGAAUUUGAAUAAGCAAUUAAAUGCAAUAAAAACUGAGUUAACUGAGGUCAAAAAUACACUGGAAGGUAACUUAAGGGUGGUAGAAUCGAGGGUAGACAAUGUGGAGAAAAAAGUAAUUGUUUUUGAAAAUGAAUUCAUUGCUGAAAAUAGUAACAGAGCCAGGGAAAUUCAGGAACUUCAAAAUGAAAAUGAAUCACUAGUUGAAAAAUUUAAUGACUUGAAAGUUAACAGUGUUAAUGUGGUCAGUAGUGUUGAGAAAACGGUUGACAGUUUAGAAUCAAAUCUUACCAAUAAAUUAGACACAUUAAAAACUAAAAUAAAUCAAGUUGAAGAAUAUGUUGUUAACAAGCUUUUGUACAGUCAUGGACCAGCAUGGUCGAACCUGUUAGUGAAAAACAGAGGAAGAAGGAGAAAUGUAACUUAUUAUUAUAAUAAAACCAGUGGAAGACAAAACAAAUACACACCACAAAUAACAGACACUCAUGUUCAACACCAAAUUAAUACUUUAAAUUUUGAUCAGAAAUUUUGGAAAACAAUAAGAGAAAAUAAUCAUGUUGAAAGCAAUAAGGUACUUCUGAGAAUAAGCCAGAUGAGGCUAUUGCAAUUGUGCCAGAAUUUUAUAAUUGGCUCUGAUUUGAAUAAGUUAUUUAAUGAAAAUGAAAAGUUAUGUGAAGAGAGAGAGAUGGAACUUAAUGUGACUGUGGGUAGGAUGCAUGAUGGGAAAAGUUUUGAUUUUGAUGAAAAUAUGGAAGCUAAUGAUGUUGUUGGGAGUUGUACGGAGGUAAGUAAUGGUGAGAUUAAUGCUGUAUGUGAGUGUCAGGUAUUCGUCGAGAUUAUUUCAAGUGAAGUAGUGAAGCUAUGUGAUAAUGAAGUUUAUAUUUGUGAGCAUUAUGAUGAGGUAAGCGUGGUUAAUGAUGAGGUAAGUGUGGUUAGUAAUGAGGAAAAGGACACUAAUGCAUCUGAAGGACAAUGGCAAAGUGUAAAAUGUAAUGAAUAUCUGUUGUAUGCUCAACCUGUUGUAUCCAUAGAUGAUAAUGAAAGUGUUAAUGUGUGUUUGAAGCUAUUAAAAACUGAUCAGGAAAAUAAUGAGGUUUGUUUCCUAUCAUGUGAUAUGGAAACUAUAUAUGGUACUGAAGCUUACUCAAUGACAUGUGCUAUUGUAGUUGUAGUUUACUCAUGCUAUGCCUGCGUAUUUGCUCACUUGACACCUGGGAUUAACAGAGCCAGGGAAAUUCAGGAACUUCAAAAUGAAAAUGAAUCACUAGUUGAAAAAUUUAAUGACUUGAAAGUAAACAGUGUUAAUGCGGUCAGUAGUGUUGAGAAAACGGUUGACAGUUUAGAAUCAAAUCUUACCAAUAAAUUAGACACAUUAAAAACUAAAAUAAAUCAAGUUGAAGAAUAUGUUGUUAACAAGCUUUUGUACAGUCAUGGAUCAGCAUGGUCGAACCUGGCAUUAGAAAGAGGGAAUAUGCAAAAUUUUAACAAUCGUGAACUCCAACAGGGGGGGGGGGGGGAUUCAAACAGGUAUGGAGAUAAAAGAGAAUACAGAGACAAUAGACAUGGACAACACAGGGGAAACAAUAGGAAUCAUAAUGACAGAGGAAGAAGGAGAAAUGUAACUUAUUAUUAUAAUAAAACCAGUGGAAGACAAAACAAAUACACACCACAAAUAACAGACACUCAUGUUCAACACCAAAUUAAUACUUUAAAUUUUGAUCAGAAAUUUUGGAAAACAAUAAGAGAAAAUAAUCAUGUUGAAAGCAAUAAGGUACUUCUGAGAAUAAGCCAGAUGAGGCUAUUGCAAUUGUGCCAGAAUUUUAUAAUUGGCUCUGAUUUGAAUAAGUUAUUUAAUGAAAAUGAAAAGUUAUGUGAAGAGAGAGAGAUGGAACUUAAUGUGACUGUGGGUAGGAUGCAUGAUGGGAAAAGUUUUGAUUUUGAUGAAAAUAUGGAAGCUAAUGAUGUUGUUGGGAGUUGUACGGAGGUAAGUAAUGGUGAGAUUAAUGCUGUAUGUGAGUGUCAGGUAUUCGUCGAGAUUAUUUCAAGUGAAGUAGUGAAGCUAUGUGAUAAUGAAGUUUAUAUUUGUGAGCAUUAUGAUGAGGUAAGCGUGGUUAAUGAUGAGGUAAGUGUGGUUAGUAAUGAGGAAAAGGACACUAAUGCAUCUGAAGGACAAUGGCAAAGUGUAAAAUGUAAUGAAUAUCUGUUGUAUGCUCAACCUGUUGUAUCCAUAGAUGAUAAUGAAAGUGUUAAUGUGUGUUUGAAGCUAUUAAAAACUGAUCAGGAAAAUAAUGAGGUUUGUUUCCUAUCAUGUGAUAUGGAAACUAUAUAUGGUACUGAAGCUUACUCAAUGACAUGUGCUAUUGUAGUUGUAGUUUACUCAUGCUAUGCCUGCUUAUUUGCUCACUUGACACCUGGGAUUAACAGAGCCAGGGAAAUUCAGGAACUUCAAAAUGAAAAUGAAUCACUAGUUGAAAAAUUUAAUGACUUGAAAGUAAACAGUGUUAAUGCGGUCAGUAGUGUUGAGAAAACGGUUGACAGUUUAGAAUCAAAUCUUACCAAUAAAUUAGACACAUUAAUAACUAAAAUAAAUCAAGUUGAAGAAUAUGUUGUUAACAAGCUUUUGUACAGUCAUGGAUCAGCAUGGUCGAACCUGUUAGUGAAAAACAGAGGAAGAAGGAGAAAUGUAACUUAUUAUUAUAAUAAAACCAGUGGAAGACAAAACAAAUACACACCACAAAUAACAGACACUCAUGUUCAACACCAAAUUAAUACUUUAAAUUUUGAUCAGAAAUUUUGGAAAACAAUAAGAGAAAAUAAUCAUGUUGAAAGCAAUAAGGUACUUCUGAGAAUAAGCCAGAUGAGGCUAUUGCAAUUGUGCCAGAAUUUUAUAAUUGGCUCUGAUUUGAAUAAGUUAUUUAAUGAAAAUGAAAAGUUAUGUGAAGAGAGAGAGAUGGAACUUAAUGUGACUGUGGGUAGGAUGCAUGAUGAGGAAAGUUUUGAUUUUGAUGAAAAUAUGGAAGCUAAUGAUGUUGUUGGGAGUUGUACGGAGGUAAGUAAUGGUGAGAUUAAUGCUGUAUGUGAGUGUCAGGUAUUCGUCGAGAUUAUUUCAAGUGAAGUAGUGAAGCUAUGUGAUAAUGAAGUUUAUAUUUGUGAGCAUUAUGAUGAGGUAAGUGUGGUUAAUGAUGAGGUAAGUGUGGUUAGUAAUGAGGAAAAGGACACUAAUGCAUCUGAAGAACAAUGGCAAAGUGUAAAAUGUAAUGAAUAUCUGUUGUAUGCUCAACCUGUUGUAUCCAUAGAUGAUAAUGAAAGUGUUAAUGUGUGUUUGAAGCUAUUAAAAACUGAUCAGGAAAAUAAUGAGGUUUGUUUCCUAUCAUGUGAUAUGGAAACUAUAUAUGGUACUGAAGCUUACUCAAUGACAUGUGCUAUUGUAGUUGUAGUUUACUCAUGCUAUGCCUGCUUAUUUGCUCACUUGACACCUGGGAUUAACAGAGCCAGGGAAAUUCAGGAACUUCAAAAUGAAAAUGAAUCACUAGUUGAAAAAUUUAAUGACUUGAAAGUAAACAGUGUUAAUGAGGUCAGUAGUGUUGAGAAAACGGUUGACAGUUUAGAAUCAAAUCUUACCAAUAAAUUAGACACAUUAAAAACUAAAAUAAAUCAAGUUGAAGAAUAUGUUGUUAACAAGCUUUUGUACAGUCAUGGAUCAGCAUGGUCGAACCUAGGAAGAAGGAGAAAUGUAACUUAUUAUUAUAAUAAAACCAGUGGAAGACAAAACAAAUACACACCACAAAUAACAGACACUCAUGUUCAACACCAAAUUAAUACUUUAAAUUUUGAUCAGAAAUUUUGGAAAACAAUAAGAGAAAAUAAUCAUGUUGAAAGCAAUAAGGUACUUCUGAGAAUAAGCCAGAUGAGGCUAUUGCAAUUGUGCCAGAAUUUUAUAAUUGGCUCUGAUUUGAAUAAGUUAUUUAAUGAAAAUGAAAAGUUAUGUGAAGAGAGAGAGAUGGAACUUAAUGUGACUGUGGGUAGGAUGCAUGAUGAGGAAAGUUUUGAUUUUGAUGAAAAUAUGGAAGCUAAUGAUGUUGUUGGGAGUUGUACGGAGGUAAGUAAUGGUGAGAUUAAUGCUGUAUGUGAGUGUCAGGUAUUCGUCGAGAUUAUUUCAAGUGAAGUAGUGAAGCUAUGUGAUAAUGAAGUUUAUAUUUGUGAGCAUUAUGAUGAGGUAAGUGUGGUUAAUGAUGAGGUAAGUGUGGUUAGUAAUGAGGAAAAGGACACUAAUGCAUCUGAAGGACAAUGGCAAAGUGUAAAAUGUAAUGAAUAUCUGUUGUAUGCUCAACCUGUUGUAUCCAUAGAUGAUAAUGAAAGUGUUAAUGUGUGUUUGAAGCUAUUAAAAACUGAUCAGGAAAAUAAUGAGGUUUGUUUCCUAUCAUGUGAUAUGGAAACUAUAUAUGGUACUGAAGCUUACUCAAUGACAUGUGCUAUUGUAGUUGUAGUUUACUCAUGCUAUGCCUGCGUAUUUGCUCACUUGACACCUGGGAUUAACAGAGCCAGGGAAAUUCAGGAACUUCAAAAUGAAAAUGAAUCACUAGUUGAAAAAUUUAAUGACUUGAAAGUAAACAGUGUUAAUGCGGUCAGUAGUGUUGAGAAAACGGUUGACAGUUUAGAAUCAAAUCUUACCAAUAAAUUAGACACAUUAAAAACUAAAAUAAAUCAAGUUGAAGAAUAUGUUGUUAACAAGCUUUUGUACAGUCAUGGAUCAGCAUGGUCGAACCUGUUGGUGAAAAACAGAGGAAGAAGGAGAAAUGUAACUUAUUAUUAUAAUAAAACCAGUGGAAGACAAAACAAAUACACACCACAAAUAACAGACACUCAUGUUCAACACCAAAUUAAUACUUUAAAUUUUGAUCAGAAAUUUUGGAAAACAAUAAGAGAAAAUAAUCAUGUUGAAAGCAAUAAGGUACUUCUGAGAAUAAGCCAGAUGAGGCUAUUGCAAUUGUGCCAGAAUUUUAUAAUUGGCUCUGAUUUGAAUAAGUUAUUUAAUGAAAAUGAAAAGUUAUGUGAAGAGAGAGAGAUGGAACUUAAUGUGACUGUGGGUAGGAUGCAUGAUGGGAAAAGUUUUGAUUUUGAUGAAAAUAUGGAAGCUAAUGAUGUUGUUGGGAGUUGUACGGAGGUAAGUAAUGGUGAGAUUAAUGCUGUAUGUGAGUGUCAGGUAUUCGUCGAGAUUAUUUCAAGUGAAGUAGUGAAGCUAUGUGAUAAUGAAGUUUAUAUUUGUGAGCAUUAUGAUGAGGUAAGCGUGGUUAAUGAUGAGGUAAGUGUGGUUAGUAAUGAGGAAAAGGACACUAAUGCAUCUGAAGGACAAUGGCAAAGUGUAAAAUGUAAUGAAUAUCUGUUGUAUGCUCAACCUGUUGUAUCCAUAGAUGAUAAUGAAAGUGUUAAUGUGUGUUUGAAGCUAUUAAAAACUGAUCAGGAAAAUAAUGAGGUUUGUUUCCUAUCAUGUGAUAUGGAAACUAUAUAUGGUACUGAAGCUUACUCAAUUUGUAGUUUACUCAUGUUAGUUAUUAGACAUUUUGGUGAACAUUUUGACAUUCAUAUUUUGUGCUUACUACUAUUUUCUUCAUGUGCUGAUGUCAUUUAUGCUGAAAACAUUUUGUUGCUGUUAUUAUUAUAUUUUCUGAGCCUAUAUAUUGGAAAAGACUGA